AUGAGCAACAGUGACGCAGUUUCUGGAACUCUCUUUCAACAUCUUUUCCGUAUUUUCUCCUUGUUUUCUGAUCAGAAUGACAAAGGUACAUUCAAACCAGCUCAAGCAGAAUUUCUAAUCGAUGAACUCCUCCGAGAACUUCGUCGUCAAACAACUCCAAAAGUUCAUGAUCUACCAGAUAAUGUCACUUUCAACGAGUUUUUGAACCUCCUUCAAGUGAUUUUUCCGGAUCGAGAGGAUCUUCAAAUUGCUACUGAUCGAGUAUUCGAGCGUUAUGUCAAUCACGUUAUUGGAAAAGGAUUCGUUCUGUUCCGGAAAUUAACUCAAAAGCGACGUGGGUGUCUGCCGAUCAAAAAACGUUCGAACGAAUCUUGGCAAUUCGGAUGGCUCCAAGUUUUGCCUGGUAUUGCAAAAAUCCGAAAGCAAAAUUCGGAUGUUGAUGAUAUUGUUCAAUUUGACGAGGAUACUGUAAUUGAGACGCCAAUAAUUGAUGGAGAUGCUUCAAUUUGGUCCGUUAUUUGUAGUUCAUCAACUGCAUUCCAGUUCUCACAUCUUGACCCUAUCAUGGCACAGUUAUUCGUAAAAGAUAUGAGAACCGCUCGUGAUUACCCAACACGAGAGGGAUUGGCAAGAUUCGAUUAUAGAAGAUCCUUAAAAAACCGUCCAAACAAAGAAGGAAAAAUAAGAAAAGAGCUGGAAAAGGAGAGAAGUCGUCUGGAAAGUGAAUUAGAAGAAGAGAAGAAAAACAGAAAAGAUGAGGAAAUUGUAAGAGGAUUGACUACUCGACUCUUGAAACAAGAGAUGGAGAAAUCUGAGCAAAUGCAACAAGUGAUUUAUGAACUUCGUUCGAAACUUAUCAAUGGAGAAGAAGGAGAAAGUUUGGGAGAAGAUGAUGACGUGGAAAUGAUAGAAGAUGAAGUGUCGGAAGAUGUCGGUGAGAACGAAGAGAUUUCGAUUACUUUACCAUCAAGAGAAGAAAAAAUUCAACAAUACGCUUAUCAUUUGUAUGCAACACAGGCAGAAGAACAUGUCACUUCAGAUGAUGAAGAAAUUUGGAAACAAAAUUAUAAUUUGAUUGUUUCAACUCAAUCUAGUUUCAGGAUUUUGGAACUACGGAACCAUGUACGUGACUAA